GAGAACACUUUCGGAGUUAUGGCGGCGGUGGAUAUCCGAGAUAAUCUGCUGGGAAUCUCUUGGGUUGACAGUUCCUGGAUCCCUAUUUUGAACAGUGGAAGUGUCCUGGAUUAUUUUUCAGAAAGAAGUAAUCCUUUUUAUGACAGGACAUGUAAUAACGAAGUGGUCAAAAUGCAGAGGCUAACUUUAGAGCACUUAAAUCAGAUGGUUGGAGUGGAAUACAUCCUUUUACAUGCUCAAGAGCCCAUUCUUUUUAUCAUUCGGAAGCAACAGCGGCAGUCCCCUACUCAAGUUAUCCCACUGGCUGAUUACUAUAUUAUUGCUGGAGUGAUCUAUCAGGCACCAGACUUGGGGUCAGUUAUAAACUCUAGAGUGCUUACUGCAGUGCAUGGCAUUCAGUCAGCUUUUGAUGAAGCUAUGUCAUACUGUCGAUAUCACCCUUCCAAAGGGUAUUGGUGGCACUUCAAAGAUCACGAAGAGCAAGAUAAAGUCAAACCUAAAGUCAAAAGGAAAGAAGAACCAAGCUCUAUUUUCCAGAGACAGCGUGUGGAUGCUUUGCUUCUAGAUCUUAGACAAAAAUUUCCACCCAAAUUUGUGCAGCAGAAGUCUGGAGAAAAGCCUGUCCCAGUGGAUCAGACAAAGAAAGAGGCAGAGCCUCUACCAGAGACUGUAAAAUCUGAGGAGAAGGAGACCGCAAAGAAUGUGCAACAGACAGUGGGCACUAAAGGCCCACCUGAAAAACGAAUGAGACUUCAUUUUGAGUUCACAGCAAAAUUGAGUGAAAAGUACAGCAUUCUCACAUACCGCACCCUGCUGCCUCCACACAAGCAUAGUCUCUGCCACCAUCGACAUCCUGCAUCUGAGUGCCACAUUUGUUAUAAUUGAUGAACCUACAUUACUUGUCAUUAUUAUCCAAAGUCUGUAGUUUACACUAGGGUUCACUCUUGAUGUUAUACAUCAUUUGGGUUUGGAGAAAUGUAUAAUGACAUAUGUUCACCAGUGAAGCAUAUGGAAUAGUUUUAUUGCUGUAACAGUCCUCUGUGCCCUG